UAUUUUUCAGAGAAAUUUGGCAUAGCUUUUUAAUGUAUAAUGUUUCUGAGAAAAACAGUUAUUAGUUAUAUUAGUUCUAUUGUCUUCCUGCAAGAAUUGGUCCUUGGGUCUCGAUGAGGCUUAAGAAAAUGACAUUCCUUUCCCCUAAAAUAGGUGUCAAGAAAAUUUUGUGAAGCACAUGUUUUCUAACUGAUGUGAAAAAUAUUUCAAGGAUGAAUAAUGUCCAUCUACUCAUGGCAAUGGGGGUAGGAUUACAGAAGAAGCGUAUCUAUUUACAACCUAACCCUUAGUGUCCUUGUGAUAGUUCCUAUGAUCUGGAACCCAGGGCUUGUGGGGUCUCAGAUGAUCUCGACGCUGUAGCAUCUUGUAUGUACACCAGAGGGCAGAAGCUCCUUGGAGUGUACGUGAGGGGCCCACAUAAGCGAAUGGCAGGGAAAGGAGGAGGUGCAAAAAGUCACAGCCUUGGAAAAACCCUUGGAAAGGAGGUGGAUGAGAUGAAGUGCCUCCUUCACCUGCAGUGGGUCUGUAGCCAGGCCAUCUUCCACUCACAAUGGCUUUUUGUAGCUACUGGAAGCCUCAGGAGCCUGAUCUGCCAUCCUCCUAGCUAUGAUGUCACAACCAUAUUCUGUCCCUGUUUAUUGCAGGUCUCUGGUUGUUCCGGAGUCCUUGCUAGUUAGUUGUCACGGUGGCAGCUCCUGCCUGCUGCAGGAUGUUUAUAUAUGGGAGCCACCGAGGCAGAAGUGCUGGGAAUGUGGUGUCAGCUUACAUAGCUGCCUCAGCCAAACAAGGACAUUAACUUCAGUCCAACAAGGACCUCAUCAGUUACCAACUAAAUCAGGGCAUAGUGUCUGUUGUUAUUGUUUUCUUUUUAAAGCAUAGUUUCAGUAAUGUAUUUUCAACCUUAGGCAUUAUGAGAAAACUCAGUAUUUGGAAUCUUACACUGCUUGGCUAAAUUAACAGUAAAUAUAGACCAACAGUUUCAUGCUGGGAUUUAUGGGCUUCAUAGGAACACCCAUACCCUGAAGGAAGGCAAAGAAAGAACUACAGCGUUUGUAGAAAGUUUUGUUGUAGUUGCUCUUGGAUAAUUAGUUUUUUUUUUUUUUUUUCUGGUAACCUACCAGUCAAAGCUCACAUUUUUGGACAAUGAAUCAUUCUUCCCAGGACACUGGCUCUGGUGGCAUUCAUGAAGACCGAAAGCUUUAUGUUGUGGAUUCCAUAAAUGACUUAAACAAACUGAACCUGUGUCCGGCCGGAUCGCAGCAUCUGUUCCCUCUAGAGGAGAAAAUCCCAGUCCUGGGCACAAACUCGGGAAAUGGAAGCCGGUGUCUGUUUUUUGUGGUUCUGCUGAUUAUGCUGAUUGUCAGCCUGGUCUUGGUUUCCUUCGUGAUAUUUCUAAUAAUUCAAACUGGAAACAAGAUGGAUGAUGUGUCAAGAAGACUAACAGCUGAGGGAAAGGACAUAGAUGAUCUUAAGAAAAUCAACAACAUGAUCGUAAUGCGGCUCAACCAACUGGACUCUGAACAGAACUAAAGAAAUGAUUUGCCAAGAGUCACUGCUAACACUUUGAGCUUUUCUCGCUUUACUUGGAUUGUACAUGGUGAAGAAUUGAGAAAGUGCACUUCUCUAGGCAACAGAUUAACUGAUCAGGGAACCCAGCCCUAGGGCCUACUUUCUGUGCCCCUGGGAGCCCAGUGGGUUUGAGAUAGCAGCUAGAAAGGGGCGAGCUUCUCUCAGCUCCAUUUUAUGGUAGGGUGCUUCAACUAUUUAAUGGGGAUAAGGGUGGGUGGCUAGCAUGGUGGAGAAUCCACAGAAAGCAAGAGAAUUUGGCUAUGUACUUACAACGUCUCCUACAAAAGGAGUUUUGUCAAUAGAACAAAUUCACGGUACCAGUGAGGUUCAUGAUGCCUCAUGCACCUUUACAAAUUCCUUUUGAAAGCCUGAGGAAUUCAUUGAAUUUUAUGUGUUGAGGGGAACCAGGUGAUCGCUCUUUUCAAUAGAAGAGAUUCUGCGCAGGUGAUUAGACUUUGACUCUGUUUCCCCAGGGACAGCAAUGGGUGGGCUUCUGCUAUCUGGUGUUUGCUGGUGGAAACAUGAGUAGCAGGUAUAUGUGUGUGCUGGGGCUGUGGGGUCAGAAGAGAAAGCCUAAUUAAUUAAUUCAACUAAUGUUUAUUGAACUCCUACUCUGUGCAAAUUACCUUACUCUAGAGGAGCUUAUAUUCAGUUGUGGAACAAAGGAGAUGUAUAGUUCUAUAUAAUUAUAUAAGUUUCGUUUAUUUUGUUUCUCAUGGAGAAAAAAUCCAUCAGUACCCUGCUGAUUAACUUGGAUGAAAUCUCAUAGAGAUAUGGCCUUUGUUAAACAACAGUAGGAAACUGUGAAUUUGGAAUAUUUGGAACCUGCCUUGUUUUAACACAAAAAGCAAGGCACACAGUAUAUGACAUA